GACUCCGUACCAUCGAAUCAUAGUGUGCUUUGAAACCGAAAGAAGAAAACAAGUUUCUAAAAAAAAAAAUCAAAAAUGAAAAGUUUUGCAAUUGUUACGCUUUUGGCCGUUGCCAUGGCAGUGGUUUAUGCCGCUCCCGAUGGCGUUAAGUUCACCACCAAGUACGACAACAUUGACCUGGAUGAAAUUCUCCAAAACGAGAGACUUUUCAACAACUACUUCAAGUGUCUAACCGGCGAGGGAAAAUGCACCCCUGACGGCGAAGAACUCAAAAAGGACAUUCCUGAGGCCUUAAAGAACAAGUGUGGAGGAUGCAGCGAAAAGCAGAGGGAAGGUGCAAAGAAAGUUGUCCAAUUCCUUGUGAAGAACAAACCAGAACAAUUCAAGAAACUCGAACAAUUGUACGAUCCCGAAGGUAACUACAGACGUGAUAACAAGGAACUGUUGGAAAAAGAAGGCAUUCAUUUGUAAAUAAUUUAGUAUUAUUAUGCCCGCCGCAAGGAUUAUGUUGAUUCUGAUUUUUAUUGUUGAGCUCUUGUCUUACUGUUCUAAUAUAGGCAAUCAAUAAAUUUUAUUUCAUAUACAA